GCAACGUCACGGCAGCAGCAUUUCCUGUUACUCGUUGGACUCUCGCUCGCCAUUUUGAUAUAGUCGAGUAAGACUGGAGCGACACAGUUGAAGCUGCAGCCACCCAUCGACGUGAUCAACGACAUCGAAGAUUCUUUCAGGACAAAACAUCAUCUGGUAACAAUGAGUGGUUGUCGUGUCUUCAUUGGCCACUUGAGCCCACACGCCAGAGAGAGAGACGUGGAGAAGUUUUUCAAGGGAUAUGGACGGAUUCGGGAAAUCAACUUGAAGAAUGGAUUUGGUUUUGUGGAAUUUGAUGACCACAGAGAUGCAGACGAUGCUGUAUACGAGUUGAAUGGCAAAGAAUUGUGCAGUGAAAGGGUUACAAUCGAGCACGCUCGUUCCAGAAGAGGAAGAGGUGGCGGUCCUGGAAUGGGCCGUUUCGGAGGCGGUGGCGGCGGCGGUGGUGGUGGUGGCGGCGGUGGCUAUCGCCCAUCUCGCAGCAGUGGAUCCAGGUAUGGCCCUCCUGUGCGCACUGAACAUAGACUCAUUGUGGAGAACCUGUCCUCACGGAUUAGCUGGCAGGACCUGAAAGACCUGAUGAGAAAAGCAGGCGAAGUUACCUUUGUGGACGCUCACAGACCCAACAAAAAUGAAGGAGUGGUUGAGUUUGCAUCUCGCAGUGACAUGAAGAACGCCAUCUCCAAGCUCGAUGGGACAGAGCUGAAUGGACGCAAGUUGAAAAUCUUUGAGGACAGCAGAAAUCACAGCAAGAGUCGCUCCCGUUCCCGAAGCUACUCGCGCUCCAAGAGUCGUUCCAGGAGCCGCAACCGCUCCAGGAGCCGCUCCAGGUCUGUUAGUCGCACCCCAGAGAGGAGGUCAUCAGGAGGGGGCAAGGCAGCCUGCAGAUCCCCCUCCAGGUCCAAGUCUCGCUCCAAGUCCCGCUCCAAGUCUCGCUCCAGGUCUCGCUCACGUUCACCUGCUCCCGCUCAGAACAAACAGUCCCGCUCCCGCUCUCGUUCUCGCUCUCGGUCUCGCUCUCGAUCCCGCUCACGUUCCCGCUCCGCAUCAGCAGACAGCAAGCACUGAGAUUGAUACACCUGUAGGCUGUGAAAUAGACUGACUGAUAGUUGCUCACCGCAGGCCUGAAUGGUGGCUUGUGAUUUUUUUUUUUUUUUUUUUUAAUUAAUUGAUUAAGGGGAGGAAAAUGCCUUUUACAUGGCUUGUUUUGAAAUAAGAUCUCCAGUCGUUAAUAUUAUCACAUUGGCUUUGAUUUCUUCUUUUCUUUUGUAGCGUGGGGGUGCUUCCAUGGGGAAAAAAUGUCUUUUUUUUUUUUUUUUUUUUUUUGAAUUCCCUCUUUUAAACCUUUUUCACAUUCUGAUGAAAUACCGCGUGACUUAAACCAUUUUGAUCGUGACGAUACCUGUCGUAGCUGUCCGCCAUGUUCUGAUUCCAUCCACUCCCCUCUGCUUUGCCUGAGCGUUCAGAGUGGCUCAAGGUUCGAAUACAUUUUUGUUUGUGUAAUGCGAGCUCCUUUGCAUUCCCGUGAAACUGUGAUUCUGCUUCUGACGAGGCAUCUUAACGGGUGCCUCUGCUCCUGUUGCGUUUACUGCCCGCCCCCUCCGAUAUGUGAAUGGAAAAAUGCAAACAUCUCAGAUGGUGGUUUAUUUCAGCUUUCUUGUGUAACGAUAUUGGAAUCUGGCAUCAAUUUUGACUGGCCUUUUGUUUUUUGCUUUUUAAAACAAAACAAAAAAAACUGCUGUGUCAGGACCUUUUUUUUUCUCUUGUUGGUGAUUUAUUUUCAUUGCAUUUAUGUUCUCCAACGUUGGCCUGUUGUUUGUUGUGGAUCUUAGUACAAGUGUGUCUAUUUCAAACAGAAGAAAUGUCUCUGAAUAAGUUUAUUAAUUUGUUACUAAUAAAACACUCACUGCAUAAUGUCAUUCAAUGUUUUAGUGAAGUCCAGAAAAACAUGAAUUUUUUUUUUUUUUUUUAAAUACUUUGUGAAUGUGGUUUGAGAGACCCUCAUACAUUUUGAAUAAAAUCUACAGUUUAACAAAAUAAAACUUUCCCAAACUGUUAAA